AUGAGCCACAAGUACAUCCUUCAGGGGAAUUCGUCCCUUCACAAAGCGGUACAGUGCCUGCUUCAGAUGUUUUCCGUCCCCGUGGACCGCGUCAUUACUGCGGGUGAACACUUUGCCGUGAAGGACGGGGCGAUGAUCCACGUUGGUCUCCUCCCGCUUCUGACGGUGCUUCGCAGCACCACACAAACCGCUGAACUACGGGCAUUUGCCGGGGCGGAGGCUGAAGUCCGCCCGUUAGUUAAUCAAUGGGUCUCCAUGGCGCUUCUUCUUUCAGCGGAUGUUGCGGGCGAUCGGACCACCGCCUGCACGACAACGCCCCUUGCCAAGCACGUUUUCGCUGAGAUUGAGAGGUGCGUGGAAAGCUUUGACCUAAAACAGGGUUUCCUGGCGGGAACUCCACGGGCGACUGUUGCGGACUUUCUUCUUUAUGCCGCUAUUCACAGCCACCCGAAUGGGUUAGCCGAGGCACUGCCAUCCACGCUGGCCUGGUCGCUCCACGCGCAGCGCGAUGCGUACCUCACGCCAAUACUUUCCAAUUCUGCAGCAGAGGCGGCGGCGACGGUCAAUGCGUCCAAGACAAAGAAGACGGUGUAUGUAAAGCCGUCAGAGGAGGAAAUUUUGCGCCGGCGCCAGGAAAAGGAAAAGGAGAAGCAGGCAAAGUUGGCUCAAGCAGCCGAGGCCCCCACACCCGUGACAUCGCCCGGGGCGCAAGAGGGUAAGACGCGUAAGAAGAGCGAGCCGAGGAAGGUGGCUGCCACACUUGACCCUAACCGACUUGACAUUCGUGUUGGACGCUUCAACAAGGUCGAGCGACACCCAGACGCCGAUCGUCUCUACGUGGAGGAAAUGGAUCUCGGUUCAGAAAAGCGGAAAAUUGUCUCUGGCCUCGUGGAACACUACACAGCGGAGGAAUUAGAGGGCUCCCUGUGCCUCGCUGUAUGCAACAUGAAACCGAAGGCACUUAAGGGCAUCACCUCAGAAGGUAUGGUGCUUUGCGCAUCCAACGCAGGCGCGCUCCGCCUCGUUCGCCCGCCGGAGGGAGCCAAACCUGGCGAUCGCAUCAUGUUCGCCGACGCCUUUGACGCGGAGGCGCUACAAGAAACGAAGCAAUUGUCUGGAAAUGAGAUGGGUGAGUUGAUUGGUUUCCUUCACACCGACAGCGAGGGCGUUGUGCAAUGGCGAGACAUCCCCGCGCAGCACGCAAAUGGGGUGAUGAGGGUUCUCGAUGUCCCGAACGCGGCUGUGAAGUAA